UUCAGGAAAUGUAGGCUAGAUAUCUAGUCUGCUCAAUUUGACAGCUGAAACGACGACAGUCUCCGGUUCCACACAGACUUUAUCUGUAAAGAUAUAAGAUCAUGUAUGCGGUUGUCACCCUGCAAGACUCAGAUGAGGUGAUGGUGGUCGCAUCACACUGGUUGAGCCUAGACAAGAAACAAAGUUACUGGCCCCCAUUCAGAUCAACAGAGAAGUGCAUGGAAGCUGUUCAGAACAGACUUAAACCUGAAACAGGAGGGAAACCAUGGGAAAAAUUAAAUAUAAGCUUUCACAAAGAAUAUGUCAUAUUUGACAAUGCAAAAGAAGGGCAAAAAGAAAUGAAACAACAAAAAGAACGGUCAAAAAGAGGCUUUGGAAUACUAAAAAGACAAAGACUUGAAAAUACUGUAGGAAUGUUAAAAAAUCAGUUACAAACGCUUCCUCCAGUUCCACCUGCCUCCAGGACUGAUGACAAGGAGGAGCUCCUCCAAAUGCUGAGAGAAAUCAAAAGUAUGGUUCAGGAAAACUCUGCCAUGUUAAAGAAACUACUGAAAGACAACACAGAUUCUGAAGUCCCCAGCAGCAGUACCAGCGUGCCAAAUAAAGAAGUUAAAACAAACCUAAAUCUGCCUCUUAAAACGUUUGAAGACGUGAACAAUAUUGAAAGGGAGCUCAACACUGCAGCAUCACGCAAAAAAAUGGUAAAAUAUCUGUCAAUGCUUGGAGGCUUUGGACCCAAGGACGUGAUUAAGAAUAUUAUGCAGCGCAUCCUAACAGAUGAUCUGGCAAAGGAGUUCAACUGGCAGGGGAGAGGAGAUAAAAAGCCCUUCUCUAAGCUUAUUUUAGCAGAUGUAAUCAGAGAUGCUGCAGUUAGACCAAAUCUAAUCAGGGUUGACUGUGAAAAUGAAAUAAAAAAAUAUCUGAGUUACACAGCUGACCGACUCAGAAGGAGACCAAGAGAACAAGGAGGUAUUGGGCCUGAGAUCCCAAAUGUGAUUUCUCCUACACCAAUGGACGAUGAUGAUGAGCUGGAAGAAAUUUGGAAACUCUUUACGGACUGAGUUUUAAAUCAUCAAUCAUGGGUCACGUGGACCUGAUUACACAUGAAACAUCCAUUUUGUCAAGGAAUACAUGUUAUUUUGAUCACACAGUUUAGGGUCCAAUUCUCACUAUUAACCCUUAAAUGCAUACCUUGGGUAGACUUGGCGUGGGGGAAAACAUUCAUGGACAAGUGUAACUUAUGUAGAACCUAUGUAGAAUCAAGAUACAUGCACUUUAAAAAACGGUAUGAUCAAUCAGUUAUGAUAACAUAUAUUUUUACAUUGCUUUAACUCAUCAAAAUAUGUUAAGGAAUACAAGACAUGUAUUUGUACUCAAUAUAUAAUACAGCAAUACCUGGGAAGAGCUGAGAAGGAAUUCAGGACAUACACCAUGAACUUUAUUCUAAGUGCCUGUAUACAAAAAUAACUCUUUACAAAACCAUAAAGCUGUUUUACAAAAAAAAAAAAAAAAUGUUUUAGGAUAAGGAGUUCUAUAAAAAUUUAUUUAUAAAACUUUAUACAUUAAAAGGUGCUCAUUAACCUAAAACAUUUUUUCUUUCUUUUUUGUGUAAAACAGCUUUAUGGUUUUGUAAAUAAUUAUUUUUGUAAAGAGAUAUACAGGCACUUAAAGUUUAUGGUGUAUGCACUGAAUUCCUUUUCAGCUCUUCCCAGAUAUUGCUGUUGAUUUAACUGGUUUAUACUGUUUCAGAAUAAAGCAAUAAAGUUAAGAUCAAAGUC